AAGGAAAGGAGGUGUCUAGCUCUGUCUUGAUGAGUUGAAUGUCUUUCUCCUCUCAUCACGUAUCUUCCGAAUUAGUUUUCCGCCCCUUUUGACCCUGUCUUUAACGUUUCUUGAGAACACUGGUCAUUCAAACACCUAAUUUCGCACGAAAAGAUGCCUUUCAAGUGAGUUCGCAAGGGGUGGGUGGUAUCAGAUUUGCGAUUUUUGCCAAAGCACUGCCCGUUUUUGGUUUAUUUUCCUCACCUUAACUUGGAAUUUUGCAAAUUUCAAAAUGAAGAAAAUUGCGAACAUAUCUGUGCAGUUUUUGUCAAGUCAAUAUUCAGGUAGAGGACCCUGCAAUAUUACCCAGGUCCAUGCUGAAGUCCUAUCACGGUAUCCUGGCCUAGUGUCCCAGGUUGCCCCCGUAAUGAAGAUCCUUCAGACAUGUAUCUACAAUGGUCCCCCACACCCUGAAGACCUUACCAAGUUGCUUGAUAAAUUCCAUGGACAGUUGAAACCUUCUGUUACUCUGGAAGCUGCACUGAAUGAAAGGACUGAGAACCAGCAAAACGAUCAGCUGGCAAUUGUUUUCAACAAAGAAGGGGGAAUGGACUUGUUGAUCACCCUAAUACUGUCUUACGUGCCCUAUGAUUCCCUCUCUAAAGCAAAGUUUGGAAUGGAAAUCAUACAUAGAACAAGAAGAAAUGCCGAUGCAAUGCGUAUUCAGAAGAUGUGCCUAGUGAUUUUGAGACAGCUAUCCAUCCUCGAUCCAGAUUGCAGUCUUGCUUUGUCUACCUGCGACACACUUUUAGCGCAUUGCUUCCGCGUGUUGAAGUCCACUACGUUGACGGAAACAUCCUGCGAUCUCAUUGAGCACCUUCUGCUAUCGAGGAAUGACCUAGUCCAGUUGGACGGUUUUAAGAGGUUAAGUGACGUAUUGCAGCAACUGGACGAUGAGACCUUGUCUCAGACAUACCGUGUUCUUUCCUUGGCAGUCUCUGAUGUCGACGAAAGUGAGAACAGGGCCUCUCUUUUGGCUCAGCGUCGGCAAAAGCUUAACACACGUGUCAAUGAGAUGACCGUAUCCAGUUUGAAUCGAGACUAUGUCGUUGCCAUACCUGGUCUUUUGGGAAAAGUCCUGAAUUACGCUUGUAGCCUGCCUUUUGUUCCUCGUUAUCCCCUUCCCAGCACCGAAAAUGAACAAUGGAUGGCUUGGAUUGAUGAAAAUUUGUCACAUAACAGUCAUAGUUUCGAUACCGUCGGCGGAUUCCUUCAAGCUGUACUGGAGGAUGUCUUCCGGGAUGAGCUCGAGAUGAGCUCACAAGUCAACAUGGAUACGGAAAGCUACGUGGCGGAUGCGUUGGAGCUGCCAUCCCAAUUGACCCGUCGAGUCGACGCUCUUUAUUUAUUAAGUUUACUGUUGACGGGUAGCCAAAGAGGCAAAGUGCAAGAAAUUUUAGCCAAAUUAGGCAUUGGGCCGCUCUUGUCCGCUUUAUUUGAACAAUUCCUCUGGAAGCCGUCCACAACAAGACAUACUACUGACCACGCUAAUCAAUGCAAUUGCAGUCCCGAAAUGAUCUUAAAGAUCCAAUUGCUUCGUUUAGUGCAUAACUUCUGCUCCCAUAGCAGUUACAAACAUGUCCUACUUUCCUAUAGUGAAAUGGAUGAGCUAAAACAGCUAUACACCGAAUUCGAAAGUUCUACUGUGCCGAAUAGCGCUAGCAACAGCUCUUCAUCGUCAGCUUCCACCUCUUCCGGCGUUGGCGUUACUACGACCCUAGCCAGCUUACCUUAUUGCACGGGAGGUUCUGGUUUGCUUUCCAAAAUAAUUCGCGUUUUGAAAAAUGUGCCAACUUCAUCGAUUUUUCGUUUUUGGCUGUGUCGUGCUGUCGAGAGCUGGUUACGUAGCAGUAGCCAUUACGGAGUAGCAGAUCAGCUUUUUGUAAUCACACGAGGUUUGUUGCAGCACAUUGUCCACGUAUUGCUGGAGAGCGAAUCAGCUGUUGAACCGUCCGUGGUUGUGGGUGGAGUCGCAGGCAUCGCCCGCAAUAAUAACGGAUCUCUUGUCUCGGGACCACCGCGUGAAGUGGCCCAGAGUAGCUUUGACCUUCUAGGAGAAAUGAUCCGCUUUAACAUGGAAGCCUGCAGACAACUAGAUAUCUUGCUACCCAACGAAGCUAAAGUUUCUAAAUAUCUGGAGGUGGUUCAUGGCAAUUUAAUUGAUUCAAACAUGUUUUUGCGAUCUGUCUUCUUGACGAUGGAUCACUGCAUGGAGGGCGGCACUGGUGGUCGUUUUCAGCAAGCGGCGGUUUUUUUCCCGACGUCCAAAUUUUUUUCAUGGUUCUUACACCUACGUCGGCGUGUAUGCUAUCUGGCUCUGUUAGUUUCAUCCAUUUCAGUCGAUACCCUAACGCUUGAGAACGUCAGCUGUCUCAACACGGCCCUUAUUAUUUUAAUGCUAGCGGCCCGCCAGGGUACACUGACUAAUUGCCUAAAAAUGCUGGCGACUGCUACGAUCGAGCAGCUUCGACUUGGGCCGGCUGGAAUUGAAGAUAGAUUAGGAGCUAACAAGAAGCGGUGUUUGGAGCCACGUCACAUAUUAUCGAGCUUGUUUCAGUUGCUGCGCUUUUGGCGAGUUCACUACCAACCGGGUGACCAGUCGUGCAUUUCUCUGGAAAAAGGUUCGGGUAUUGCGUUCGAAGAAUGGAUCCGCACCAUCGACUUGCUGACGAGCGUCGAUACUACGUCACCCUAUUCUUUGCUUCAUUAUUUGCCGGAAGAUCAAUCCCGCAUCGUUCAAACCUGGGAUAUUGAAAUGGAAUGUAAUUGAAUGACUUUCCUUGAUAAUAAUAAUAUUGGCAGCAGCCACCUGAUUCUGUCGUGACUUUUCUCAUACUAUGGCUGUGUGUGCGUGUAGCCAAUCUAGCGUGUUAUGUACAUCAGUUGUGAAUAGCUUUUCCCUUCGACUGUUUCUCCUUGGCGUACGCGUAUUCUCUCUUAUCUAUUGGUCCAUUUUCUUGUUGUUUUUUUUUUGACGCAGCAAAAAAAAUUUUUUUGCAUCCAGAUUAUCUCCCUACGAGUUGAGUCUCUCGUGUUCGACAAUUAUUAUUAUUAUCAUUAUUAUUUUUAUGAUUUCACUGUUUUAUUAGAACCCUGCUCGCUCGCGCACUUUAAAAACACUACGUUAAGCGGUGUACAUAUUUCAACUCAGGUUUCUCCCUUUCUUGUUCUGUUUUCCUAUCUUCUUCUCUCUUUGUCUUUCAUCUUAACCAUCUAUAUUUGAUUGUUUGUUACCAUUCUAACACGAUACAUUAUGGAAAUAAAUAAAUUUUUGUCCGGG